GGGACACCGGGAUCCAGGUAUGGGGACACCGGGAUCCAGGUACGGGGACACCGGGAUCCAGCCCCCAAACAGCCCCAGAGAAGGGGCCCCGUGCCCCCACCCCACCAACACCUGCAGCCCCCGGGGGAUUUCGGACACUGCAGCAAAGUCCAGCGGCACCUCGGACACUCCAGGAAGGGACAGCGGGACAGCCACCCCUAAUGGUGACAGGGGGGACCCUCCUGCAGCCCCCCCAGUGCCCCCCCCGCCCACCCACUGCUGCGGGACCGGCUGCCCCAACUGUGUGUGGGUGGCCUACGUGGAGGAGCUGCUGGAGCGGCACCGCGACAGCGGAGCCCAGGCCCUGGCGGCCGUGGAGCAGCACGUGGAGGAUGAAAACAUCAAAAUGAUCCUCAGGAUGGAGAUCAGGCUGCGUGCCAGGAAGGAAUGAGCCUCCCAAAAUGAUGGCAGACACCCCUGGGGUGACAGGAUCCGGACUUGGGUUAUUUAUAGUGUUUGUUGUGUGCUGAGCACGGGAUCCCGGGGGUGUCACGCCAGGUCGGGUCACCUCCCUUGGGGACAGGAGGUGGCUCAGGCCUGUGCUGAGCCCCGGAUUUCCCAGAGCUGGCUGCUGUGUCCUCCCCAGCGUGACAAAUCCCUGCCAAGGGCAGCCCUCCUCCUCCUCCUCCUGUGCUCCCAGCUGGAAUUUAAGCACCUUGGGGGGAUUUUCAGCACCUUGGCCGUGCCCUGGUGAUGGGGAGGGCUGGGGGCAGCGCCAGACCCCUCCCCACUGGCACCACAAAGCCUCUUAGGGGGAGGGCUCGGGGAGGCAGCGUGUGGCAGCGAGCACGUGGGGAGCAGCAGCCUCACAUCAAGGACAUUGUCACUGUCCCUGGUGUCACAUCCUGCCAGGCUCCUCUCCAAGGUGCCUUUUCUGCCUCUAUCUUAAAUCCCCAUAAAUUUGUCCCAAACCCCCCCUCCAUCCUGGGGGAUUUACAGCCACUGAGACCCACACAGACCUCCCACAUGAUCCCAGGACAGGGUCCUCAAGAAGCCACCAAACCCUCAAGUGUCACUCACUAAUGAACCCAAUUAACAGCCAGGGAAGUAGGUGGUUCUCCAUGGAAAACACUCCUGGAUCCCUUUAAUCCUAUUUGUUAGAGCCCAACUAAUUGCAAUUAGUGGCAGGGGCUGAAGUUCAAUUAAAGUGUGCUGAGAUUA